AUGGGGCUGCACCCCCAGUACCUCAGCAGCUUCUGGAAGACACAGCGCCUACUGCUCUGCAUGGACGGGCCCCUGCCCUACCACAAGCGCCACUACAUCGCCAUCAUGGCGCUCCUGAAGACGGGGGAGAACAGCUGGUCGCUGGCGGAGCUGGUGCAGGCGCUCGUGCUCCUCGCGCACUACCACGCACUCGCCUCCUUCGUCUUCGGCUGCGGCAUCAACCCCGAGGCGGAGCAGGACGAGGGGCCCCACGGCGACCGCAGCCCUGCCCGCGACGAGGGCACGGGGGUAGGCGAGCUGUCCGGAAAAGACGCCGCGCGGGAGGUGGAGGCGCUCAUGGAGAGGAUGAAGCUGCUGCGGGAGAGCCCGCUGGAGGAGGAGGGCGUCACGCAGGAGGAGAUGGCGACGCGCUUCGAGAUGGAGAAGACGGAGAGCUUGCUGGUCGCUCCCUCGGGUGCGGGCACGCGGGAGGCUCCGCGGGAGGGGACACAGGGAUGCGGGAGGCCCCGCUCACGGCGGUGUCGCACAGAUGUCGCGGACCAGGCGCUGCAGCCCGGCGUGCUCUGCUUCGUGGAGGACCCUGCCUUCGGCUACAAGGACUUCACACGCCGCGGCGAGCAGGCGCCCCCCACCUUCCGUGCACAGGAUUACACCUGGGAAGACCACGGCUACUCGCUGAUCAACCGCCUGUACCCCGAUGUGGGGCAGCUCCUGGAUGAGAAGUUCCAGGUGGUCUACAACCUGACGUACAACACCAUCGCCAUGCACUGUGGCGUGGACACCUCCGUGCUCCGCAGGGCCAUCUGGAACUACGUGCACUGCAUCUUCGGCAUCCGCUACGAUGACUAUGACUACGGGGAGGUCAACCAGCUCCUGGAGCGCAGCCUCAAGAUCUACAUCAAGACGGUGGCCUGCUACCCCGAGAAGACGACCAAGCGGAUGUACGCGCAGUUCUGGAGACACUUCAAGCACUCGGAGAAGGUGCACGUGAACCUGCUGCUGCUGGAGGCCCGGCUGCAGGCGGCUCUGCUCUACGCCCUGCGCGCCGUCACCCGCUACAUGACCUGACAGCUCUUCGCUCCCUCCUCCUCCUCCUCCCCUGGCACGGGGGGGCUGGCGAGGGGGGAGCCGGCGCCUUAAAGACUUCCCUGGAAUAUUGUCCCCUGCCUUAAGGGGCCUGGAGCUGUGCAAGGAAAAAGGGGGGCUUAUCCCCCUGCCCCUUAUCCUAGAGGAGGGGCUGCUCCCGAAGCUGGGGUGAGCCCGGAGCGCUGGUCCCUUCCUGCACUGCGGAUGCUGGGCUAUCUUGCUGCUCCAAGCUUUCCUUGGGAUGACCUGGAUAAAGCCAAACCGGGGUGGCUGCUGCUAGUGCCACCCAGCUCCUGGGCUUGGCCCCAGUGUUGCCCCUCACUAGGGCUCAUUGCCCCUCACAGGGGCCCGUCUUCUUACCAAAGAUCCCUGGAGGGAAUCUCCGACGUUCCCAGACCAGGAUUCAUCUUCCUGCCCUGCUCCCUGGGGCUGCCCGUGGUGACUGGGGUGGACUCCCUGGGGAUACCGCAGCCACGGGGACGUCUCGUGGCCUCCACAGUGCCCGACUGCGCUCCAGGGU